AUGACCGUGUUCUCGACGAACAGAUUUCUGACAUUCGUCUUCCUCGUGGCUACCAUCGACGCGAUGGUGCUUGGAUUUUGCGGUGCAACUUUGGUUAUGGAACAGGAUAUCCCUUCGAGAACCUGCAGAUACAGCAGGACAUAUUCCAUGAUCCAAGUUCGUUGCGCGAAUCUAGGCCUCGAAUGGAUCCCGUCGAAUUUGAAAACGGAAAUUCAGAUCCUGGACGCAUCCGUGAACAGACUGAGAAUGUUGACCAACGACAGUCUAGCUUUGUACACGAAUCUCGCGUACCUUUAUUUGGGAGACAAUUUCCUUCAAGAGAUCCAAGAGGGAACCUUUGAUAAUCUAAGAUACUUGAAGGUGCUUGAUUUAUCAAGGAACGGUUGCGACAGUUUACCCAAGAAUCUCUUCCAUUUACCGUAUCUUCAAAAAGUCUACCUAGGCGAGAACAAGCUUACCGAGCAGCUGUUGAAUCGCAUGGAGGUGAAGUCUCCGUUGACUUUUCUUCAGUUGUCGAGGAACAGAAUUUGCAGCAUCCCUCAGAUAGGUCCUAUCCCCACUCUGAUCCACUUGAAUAUCUCUGACAACUGCAUCACCGAUAUUAACCCCGAGGAUCUCGCUCCAUUCUGCUCCCUCAAGAUCCUCGACCUCUCUAAGAACCCCAUCAAGUUCAAUGCCGACAGCUGCGAAUGCCAGACGUUCAAUGCGUGGCUCCAAGCACGUGGAAUCCAAUCUAAACCUAUGUUCAAUUGUACCGAGGAGCUGGAACGGGGCUGUCCAAAGGCAGAGUUCACCAAUAGAACCGCGGAAUUGUACAAACGGUGCUCAGAUAUUCUACGGCUGCAGGUGGAGACCGAGAAAGCGAGAAGCACGUGGAUAUUGAUCGCCUGUUGCAUCUUCGCAUUCCUCUUCUGCCUUUUCGUCAGUCUGUUCUGCGUACACAAGAGGAACAAACGGAAAAAGAAGAAGCUGAAGGAGGAGCAGAGGUUGAGUGCAAACAACGCCAACACUGAGCUGCUGAAUAGCAAUCUGAACCAGCCUGAGAACACCUGAAAGGUGGGAACGGUGUUGAAUCGUUAAUGCAGAGGUACUUUAGAUUGAUCCAGUUAUGUCUGAUCGUUGAGGUGAGAGAAAAAGGAAGGAAAAGAACACGACGGUGAAGAGCGGAGAGUUAACCUUCUCUUAACAAACAAAGUUUUCUUUUCAUACGCAUCACCGAGAGGAAGCCCAUUCUUUUGAUAAAUGCACAGUGUAUCCGGUAACAGCUGUGGCGUGUAAUGAAAAAUGAAGCGAUCCUCCGGAACAUAGGUCGAAAAUGCGGAAUAAAAUUCUUUCACGAGGCCUCGCGUUCGAGGGAAACCGGUACUACCGAAGCUUGUUUUCAACGAAUAUCGACGAGGCAAACGUGUUGUACAGUGGUGGAAAGUUAAAACGAGGGGGUUGUUCGCUUUUUGUGCACGGAAAGUGACUUUACAGCCGGUUGUACCCGUACGAAUAUUAGGCUGCCAGACACUAUAUCGUAGUAUCGAUUCCUUCGACAGAGAACCAACCCCUCGCCUCUACGAAUUUCAUUUCGCAUUUUCUCGAGACACGGAGGAAUCAAACUUUCUCUAGUAUGGCGAGAAUGAGUCGAAUUAUUCCGAGGCAGCUAAUUAUACUCUUAUACUAAACUUGUAAAAUUGUACUUGUAAAAAAUUUACAAAAGAACGCAGAAUUCAAUGAACUAGUAAAAUAGUAAGAGAUCGAAAGAGAGCGAAAGAGGAAGAAGGAGAGAGGGGAUGAGAAGCGUAAAAUAAAAUAAAGU